AUGACCGACACGAGCAAAGACACGCCGUGGCGCGCAUUCCGAUACCCUGAUAAUCACCUUACCGAUGACAUGAUCGAUAACCCGGAGAGACUGGCCGAAUUACUUUCUCGGUUGAAACUCGCCGAACAGGAUAUGAAGCCAGGCACUUUAGGGGGUAUUUUCAACAACCCUGCCAACGAUUCAGUCACCUUUGCGCGAGAUGCUACUUGUGUACCACCAGACGUCCCCAAAAACACCAGGAUUCUGUCGUUUCUGUCCAUCUGGCAAUCCAGCGCAUCACCAACGCUUGACGGCUGGUUCAUCAGCGAUUUUUUCGCAUUUUAUCACCUUUUUCAGAAUCUGACACCAAACCAAACGUGGCUGCACUCGCUGGAUUUGGACUCUUUGAUCGAUGAUCCCAAGAUCAAACGAUACCUUCAUAGCAGCCCAUGGGGUAAGAGAAAAGUUGUUCUUGAUAGGGAUAUUCUGGCAAAGAUCAAGAGGGGUGAAUACCAUGAGCUCCUGAAGGUUAAGGAACUAAACUUGCGUGCGAAGUUCGUCGAGCUCCUCAAGGAGCGUUUGAAAGCUGCUUCCGAUAAUGGAGAGAACUUGCUCAUCAUGAUUUUGGGUCAUGGCCAAGCAGAUACUGGCCAUCUAAUAGUUGGGGACCGCGGACGUCCAUUUACGGUCAAAAAUUUGAUCAAGAAAUUCAAGGAUGUGCCAGAUGUGCCCGUUAUGUUGGCAAAUGACUACAACGCAGUCCCCUUCCUGAAGAGCUCAAUAAAACGAGCUUCGGGAUCCAAGUUUGUAUCAGCAGUCACCAAAACGCUUACUAGCAACCCCACGGCAAAGAAAUCCCUGGAAGAAGAAGUAGAGGACAUGGAAGAUGAUGAGGAAAUUGGGGAAUUGUCGGGCCUGUCUGGUCAACAACUUCAUGAACGGACAGACUCAUAUGCGGAACUCACCGGGACCAGCUACGAAGCCCUUGCCAUAAUAGACAGGCGUGCAUACAAACACCAAAUUUCGUUCAAAGCGCAGGACAACGAUUGGUCGGCCAAUGGGCAUGUCAGAACGGGUAUAGCAAUGCAAGAUCUCAGAUCGAGAUGGGAAGCCUUGCAGGAAUAG